UUUUGUUUCAUUUGUGACACUUUAGAGAUGGCGCUGAUUUUUUAUUCUAUCUCUGUCUUCAUUUUAUUAUUUAUUCUUUUAAAGUAAAUAUAAAUAUUUUAUCUUGUACUUCGUUUUUGAUUACACUAUUGAAACAAAAUAAUUCUUUUGAAUAUUAUAUAAAUAAAAUGCCGAAAGUACGUUCACAGAAAACAACUCGUGUUCAUAAAGAAGUUGUAAAACAAGGAAUUUUAUUUAAUACGGAUAUUGGACAACACAUUUUAAAGAAUCCACUUGUUAUUCAAAGUAUGGUUGAAAAAGCAGCAGUUAGACCAACAGAUGUUGUAUUAGAAAUAGGUCCAGGUACUGGUAAUAUGACAAUAAAAUUAUUAGAUAAAGCUAAAAAAGUAAUCGCAUGUGAAUUGGAUACUCGAAUGGUAGCUGAAUUACAGAAACGUGUACAAGGCACAUCCUAUCAAUCAAAAUUGCAAAUUAUGAUAGGUGAUAUCCUAAAAACAGACUUACCAUUUUUUGAUUUAUGUGUUGCUAAUAUACCAUACCAAAUAUCAUCACCUUUAGUAUUUAAAUUACUUUUACAUAGACCAAUAUUUAGAUGUGCUAUACUUAUGUUUCAAAGGGAAUUUGCUGAACGUUUAGUAGCAAAACCAGGUGAUAAAUUAUAUUGUCGUUUAAGUAUAAAUACUCAAUUGUUAGCACGUGUGGAUUUGCUUAUGAAAGUAGGAAAAAAUAAUUUUAGACCACCACCAAAAGUAGAAUCAAAUGUAGUUAGAAUAGAACCACGUAAUCCACCACCUCCAAUUAAUUAUCAAGAAUGGGAUGGUUUAACACGAAUUGCAUUUGUCAGAAAAAAUAAAACACUUUCUGCUGCAUUCAAACAAACUACAGUUUUAACAAUGUUAGAAAAAAAUUACAAACUUCAUUGUAGUUUGAAUAAUAAGAUAAUUACAGAAGGAUUUAACAUCAAAGACAUGAUAAAUGAUAUUUUACAAAAAGCAGAUGCUGAAAAUAAACGUGCAAGAACUAUGGAUAUAGAUGAUUUUAUCAGCCUUUUACAUGCAUUUAAUGCAAAAGGAGUGCAUUUCAUAUAAUUCAAAAAUGUAAAUAAUGCAAAAAAAUUUAUAUUAUAAAUUAAGAAAAAUAUACGAUAGAAAAAAAAUUUUUUUUUUGAUUAAUUUUAAAUGUAUUAUAUUCAUAUUUUAUAAUUAUAUAUUAUAUGUCAAAAUGUACAAUAACUUAAGAAAAAAAAUGAAAACUAAAAUAAUUUCUUAUAAACUAAUUAUUAUAUGAUUUAUACAUAACAUAUAUAAUUUUACAUAUAGCAAUUACUCUAAGUCUACAUAUUUUUACAAAAAAUGAUAUCUGUGUAAAAUUUUAAUUAAAUUAUUAAUUUAUAACAUACAAAUAUAUUUACAAAUAUUCUUUGGGAAUCAAAAUCGUAGGGAAAUAUAACGAAUUUUGUUGUACCUUAAUGAAGGUAAUAAUGAUACAUGCAUAUAUACAUGCAUAUAUUCAUGUAUACAUGUAUUUAUAGAAUUUUUACUUUCUUUCUCAUAUUAUCCAGAAUUUAAAAUAAACAUUAUGAUUGAAUUUGGUUAUUUUUUUUACGUGAUUAAUUUAUACAGUAGAUAAAAUUAUAAAUAAAAUCUAUGACACUUUAAUAUUUUAUACAUAAUUUCCAUAUAUUUUACAACACAUGUGGAAGCCAUUUUUAUUUAAAAAAUAAAGAAAUGAAACAAUUAUUAAUAUUUUAUAUAAUGCAAUAUGUUUCUAAAUAUUAUAUUCAUUUUCUUAUAAUUAUAAAGAAAUAUUGAUAAUAAAUCAUAAAAAUUAACAU